AUGGAUAAUGGUGAUAAAAAUAAGAUGGUAGGUCAUAGACAGUGGGUUUUUUCGUAUGAUCUUGGAAAGGCAGCAUUUGGAGGAGCUUAUAAUUCCAAAUCACCUGGCAUUUCAGCAUCUGUUGCAAUGAAAGUGAGUGGAAUGGGUAUUUUUCCAUCAGAAAUCUUACCAUUUGUAGCAUACCCUCCACCAGGAUAUUUUCCAGCACAAUUUGUAUACAAUCGCUUUAGUUUUUGGGCUCAUGAUAUUAGUUCUGGCAAUAAUUUGGAGCUUUCCGUUAAAAUUAAUGAUUCUCCUCAAAAUAUUAGUGAAAUUUAUUAUUUGGGUAGAGGAAUGAUGUUUGUAUUAGCUGAUUAUGGUGAAUUCUCUGCUGAUCUUCCAUAUUAUAAAAUUGUAAACAAACGAAUUGAUGUCCAUAUAACAGACAACGCUACAAAAACAGAUUACGAUUAUACAAUAUAUCCUAUUGAUUGUAGUGAUAAACCAAUGCGAACACCAGUUCCAACAAUCGAAGGUGACGAUUAUGACAAACUUGACAUUGGCGAAGCUCCAAAACAAAAACGCCAGAAGAAAGUUGCUAUUGGUGCCGGUGUUGGUGUUAGUCUUGUUGUUAUUGUUAUCAUUAUUCUUGUUUUAUUUAUUGUUUUUCGUCAUGGCUGUUCACAUAAUCACGACAACGACGAAACUAACAACAACAAUAACAAUGACAACAACGAUGAUCAUUCUGAGAGUGGCGAAAACCAUCUUGAAGAUGCAUAA